GUCUACGGAGGAAUGAAGGGGAUCCUUGGACUUGUUUGUGAGACUUCAGUCCUCGAUGCCAACGAAGGAAUUCGAUUCCGUGGAUUUACAAUCACGGAAGUCAUGAAACUCCUCCCGAAGGGUCCCAACGGAGCUCAAGUCCAACCGGAGGGAAUUUUCUGGCUUUUAGCCACCGGAAAAAUACCUUCCCGCUCUCAAGUCGACAGUUUUGAAUUGGUGGAUAAAUGUGAGGUCCCUGACUUUAUCCCGGCCAUGUUGACUGCCAUGCCCUCCUCUGUCCACCCAAUGGCCCAAUUUAGUGCAGCAAUGACAGCUUUGAGUCAACAAAGUCAGUUUGCGGAGGCUUAUAUACGUGGAAUCCCCAAAUCAGAGCAUUGGAAGGAUGUCAUCAGUGUGGUGGCAAAGGCUCCUACAGUGGCAGCAAUGGUCUACAGGAAUCUAUAUCGUGGAGGUUCUCCAGUCAAAAUGAAUAAAAACGGAGACUGGACUGCCAAUUUCGCGGAAAUGUUGGGUUAUGGUGAUUCUUUCACGGAUAUGUUGCGGCUGUAUUUGACCCUUCAUUGGUAUAUAAGGAAGGUUAUAUUUAGUGAUCAUGAAGGGGGGAAUGUGAGUGCACAUACAUGUCAUUUGGUUGGAAGUGCUCUUUCUGAUCCAUUUUUGUGUUUUGGGGCAGCUUUGAAUGGAUUGGCUGGUCCUUUGCACGGAAUGGCCUGUCAGGAGGUUCUGUCCUAUCUGACCAAGUUGCGGGAGGAGAUGGGCAGUGAUAAGAUGACGGAUGACCAGUUGGAGAAGUUUAUAAGAAGUACUCUUGCCAGAGGACAAGUCAUUCCUGGAUAUGGACAUGCAGUCCUUAGAAAGACAGAUCCGCGUUUUACCGCUUUCCAGGAGUUUGCCCAGGCCAACAUAAAGGAGGAUCCCUUAGUGGAUUUGGUGGCUCAGUUGUACCGGGUGGUACCCAGGGUGUUGGGAGAGUUGGGGAAAGUUCAGAAUCCAUUUCCUAACGUGGAUUCACACAGUGGGUGUCUUUUGCAGCAUUUUGGAAUGACUGAGAUAUACUAUUAUACUGUGCUGUUUGGAGUGUCUCGAGCACUGGGAGUUAUGUCUCAGUUAAUAUGGUCACGGGCUCUUGGAUUUCCUAUUGAAAGACCAAAAUCAAUUUCGUCUAAGAAUUUUAUUGCUAUGUUCUCAAAGUGAAUAAUCUUCUAAUUUGUUAACAUUUACUAAUCGGACUUAUUUUCUAACUUGAU